CAGUUCUUUUUUUAGGUAAUACUUUCAGCAUGCUCGUUUGCUCGCUUUUUGGGGCUUUUCUCUUGGUCUAUUUUGAUAACGCUUUUGGUUACCGGAAAAAGAAGCAGAGUGAAACCUCCAGAAGUUACUCUUAUCUUUCCCACUUAGCUGAAAUACCGGUACUUGUUUCAGGAGGCAAAAUGCGACUCAUCAACCGUACAUAAGCAAGAGUUUUAUCGUUAUUUUUAACUUUCAGUUACUGUAACAACAGUAAGUUCUGUGUAGUUUAUCCAGGUCCAGUUUAAGUGACAUUUACCACCCAGGGGGACUUUUAUCGUUGUCCGUUAUCCACCAGUGCAACAUUAGCUGGGCGGAAGGAAACACACACAAAUAAACCAUUAAUAGAAUCCUUUCUGUAGUUUGAUAUUUUGACCUGCCUCCUGCUACCUGCGGCGACAUGGCUACUAAUCCUCCAGGACAAGCCUUCCCGAAUAAGGCACGGGUGGCGAUCCUGGCCGAGCUGGAGAAAGAGAGGAGACGGCUGAUGAGCACUCCUGGAGCCAGCAUUUCGCUGUCCAGACCGAAUCUGAAGGAGUUUAGGGACAACGCAGAACAGCAGCACAUCGCUGCCCAGCAGAAAGCUGCCCUGCAGCAUGCACACACACACUCAUCGGGCUUCUUCAUCACUCAGGACUCCUCGUUCGGGAACCUCAUCCUCCCCGUCAUUCCGCGCCUGGAGCCUGAGUCUUGACCUUUUUACCUCUUGUCCUUGUCCUCCUGCUGCCCCUCUGUGAGACAAAGCUUUCAAACAACACACAUGCACGUCUCUCCCAGUUUCUCUCUUUUAAGUCUUUGAUUAAUGGACAGUUGUUUGUCAUGUUGUAAACGGUCUCAGGGGAGUGUGAAUCUGUCAUUUUUACAUUUUCCAGACCAACAGGCUGCUGAGUUUAGGGAAGCUUUCAAAACAGUCGGAAGAAGAUUCCAGAUCGCUGUGAAACAUCCUGUGAGGUCGUGCAGGGGCUAAAAGAAACUGUACAGAAACACUGUAAAUGCUCUCCCGCUCUGUUGCGUUUCACUGAACUAGUGAACAUCUUGUCAGGGUUUUUACAUUAAUGGAUUUGUAUCGAUAUUUGGAUAAUAAAAGUGUUACAUUCAAUAUUUAUUGAAUUUCAGGUUUUAUUUUUGCAAGUAUAAAUAAAGGGGCCAGAAUAUCCAAAUGCAAAGUCCAUGGUUAUGUUCACAUUAUAGGGUUUUAUGAUUGCCCCUGAUUUAUUUCCCCCUUGCUUCUGAUCUUUGCUUCUUGACCUCUUACUUCUAUGUUUUAAAGUGAUCCAUAUUAAAAAGGAAAAAAUAUUCCAACCAUGUUCGUGAGGAAGGCAAGUGUGCCGAUACGUGUCGCUGUCUUUGGCCCAUAUUUAUUAAAGGCUUUAUAUUUUUAACGGUCCACUUGAGUGCCUGAAACUGUAUUUUGUUAUACCCCCCCCCCAU